UCGUGUUGAGGAGUAGAUUCUAAUCAAGUCGAUCUUGGUUUGCACAGAUAUAGCCUGCGUUCCAGACCUGCAACUAGCCAUGAAGUACACACCCACGAUCUCUCAACACUCGUAGAGAAACCUUUCCCAAGAACCCAGAUCGAGGGGUCUGCAGCCACAAACCAUCGCAAGCUCCCUCCCCCUCGAGAAAUUUGAGAUCUCCCCGUUCCGUUCCCCACGCGCUGCCGGUCUUCUCCCUCUGCCUCCGCGGGUUGGGUAAGUGGGCGGAAACCCUUCUAUUCUUGCGGACUUCAACUUGGUUGUAUUGGGAGCUGCUGCUGGCAUCCCUUCAGGACUUCCAGAAAUGGGUGAUCAAGAAAGUGGAGUUGAAGACCUAGAGCGCAUACUUAGCGAUGUGAAUGCAGAACCCAUCACGAUACCAUAUGCGGUAAUAAAAUCAGUUACAAAAAACUUUGCUCAGGUUAUCGGUGAUGGUGGGUUUGGAGUGGUUUACCUGGGAGGUCUUCGAAGCGGGAUGGUUGCUGUGAAGAAGCUUUCCAUAUCAGAAAGUUUUACUGAUAAGCAAUUUUUGGACGAAGUUGCUUGUUUAAAGAGGGUAAAGCACAAAAAUAUUGUAAAAUAUAUAGGCUACUGUGCAGAUACACAAGGAUAUCUGAUGGAAGUAGAUGGUAAACAGAGGAUUGUUGAGGUGCAGCAAAGAUUACUCUGCUUUGAGUAUGUACCAAAUGGAAGUCUUCACCAUUAUCUUCAAGAAAGCAUUGGUGGAUAUGAAUGGAGUAUUCGUUAUAAAAUAAUUAAGGGAAUUUGUCAGGGUUUGCAUUAUCUGCACCAAAGACGCAUUAAUCAUUUGGAUCUCAAACCUGCAAAUGUGUUGCUGGGUGCUCACAUGGAGCCAAAAAUUACAGAUUUUGGUCUGUCAAGGUGCAUUGAUGAAAACCAGUCCACAAUAUUCACUACCAACUUGCGUGGAACACCAGGAUAUAUCGCACCAGAAUUCAUAGAUAAACAAAAAAUAUCUUUCAAGUCAGAUAUAUUCAGUUUGGGCAUUAUCAUGACAAGGCUGUUGAUAGGGAGUAACGAGAGUAUUGCUGAAAAUUGGCAUGAAUCAUUACAUGUAGAGUGCCAACAAAUGAAGAUAUGCAUUGAAAUAGCACAAAUUUGUGCAGAAUAUGAUCCAUCUAAGAGACCUACUAUCGCUGACAUAAUUCUUAAGCUGAAUAAGACAGAAACCAUGGUUCAAAAGGUUCCUCCAGAUGUUAAUGAGCCCAGAAAUGAUCCAAGGUCUUCAUUAUACCAGGUUGUGAAAAGAUUCUGGGCACUGCCCACACAAACUCUUCACGAAUAUUCUAGCAACGGUGCCACCUCGACAACGGUGCCACAGCCACCGCCGUCAAAGGGGAAGCUCAUCACGAUUCUGAGCAUCGACGGCGGCGGCAUCCGUGGUCUCAUCCCGGCGACCAUCAUCGCCUGCCUCGAGGCCAAGCUCCAGGAGCUGGACGGCCCGGACGCUCGGAUCGCCGACUACUUCGACGUGAUCGCCGGGACGAGCACCGGCGCCCUGCUCACGAUGAUGCUGGCGGCGCCGAACGAGAACAAGCGGCCGCUGUUCGCUGCCAAGGAUCUCACCACCUUCUACCUCGAGAACUGCCCCAAGAUCUUCCCACAGAGAAAGGCAGGAUGGCUGUCUACGGCGAUGGACCUGAUGUCCACGAUGAGGGGUCCCAAGUACGACGGCGUGUUCCUUCACGACAAGAUCAAGAACCUCACCCACGACGUUAGGAUCGCGGACACGGUGACCAACGUCAUCGUGCCGGCGUUCGACGUCAAGUACCUACAGCCGGUCAUCUUCAGCACCUACGAGGCCAAGAACGAGCCCCUCAAGAACGCGCUCCUCUCCGACAUCUGCAUCAGCGCAUCAGCAGCUCCAACCUACUUCCCGGCCCACUUCUUCAAGACCGAGGCUCCCAACGGCAAGUCUCGGGAGUUCCACCUCGUCGACGGCGGCAUGGCGGCCAACAACCCCACCAUGUUGGCCAUGUCCAUGCUCACCAAGGAGGUGCUCCGUCGCAAUUCGGACUUCCAUUUGAACAGGGACUCCGUCGAUUACCGGGACUACCUCAUCAUCUCUAUCGGGACCGGGUCGGCGAAGCAGUCGGAGAAGUACACCGCACAUCAGUGUGCUAAAUGGGGUCCCGUCCAGUGGCUCUACAAUGGCGGCUUCACCCCGAUCAUCGACAUGCUCUCCCAUGCCAGCUCUGGCAUGGUCGACAUCCAUGCAGCCGUGCUCUUUGAGGCCUUCCACUCUGAGAUGAGCUACCUUCGCAUCCAGGAUGACUCGUUGAAGGGGAACACGUCAUCAGUGGACAUCGCGACCAAGGAGAACAUGGAGACCCUGAUAGGGAUCGGCAAGGUCCUGCUCAAGAAACCGGUGACGAGAGUGAACAUCGAGACAGGGAUCUACGAGACCGUUGAUGGUGAGGGCACAAACGAAGAAGCGCUAGCACGCUUCGCCAAGAUACUCUCUGAAGAGCGCACGCUACGCAAGAACAAUCUCAACGCGUAAUAGCUCUCAGUUACGCUUCGCCAAAAAAUUGAGCCCAAGGAUCAGCAGCGGUGAUAAUAAUUAGUUGUUUUUUAAUAAUAAACUAGUGGACGCGUGCCGCAGGUGAUAAAAAAAGGAUGGCAUACAAGAUCAUGUAUAAUAUAAUAAUAAAUAGUUACUAUAUUACCGAAAUUGAAAGUGAAAUAACAUAUAAC